UGUCCCAACCACCUUACUCGUGCACACGCACAAGAAACCCCUCUUGUUAUAUCCGUGCUCCCUCGAUCAGCUCCCCUCCUGGGUUGCAAAUCCACCAUCGUCAUUGCUCCGCUGCUGAUCUGCCUCUGACAAUGGGCGUGUUCGAGCUUCGCGUCAAGCAGCAAGGGGAGCCGGCGCUGGUGCCGCCUGCGGCGGAGACGCCGAAGGGUUCCUACUACCUCUCCAACCUGGACCAGAACAUCGCCGUCAUCGUGCAGACCGUGUACUGCUUCAGGGCGGCUGGCGGCGACGACGGCCGCAGCGCCAGUGGCGUGCUGAAGGAGUCGCUGGCGAAGGUGCUCGUUCACUACUACCCGCUCGCCGGCCGGCUGACGGUCAGCGGCGAGGGGAAGCUGGCCGUCGACUUGACGGGCGAAGGCGCCGUCUUCGUCGAGGCCGAGGCGGACUGUGACAUGGCCGACAUCGGUGACGUCGCCGAGCCUGACCCUGCGGUGCUCGGCAAGCUCGUGUACAGCGUCCCCGGCGCCAAGAACAUACUCGAGAUGCCACUCCUUGCAGCUCAGGUGACCAAGUUCAAGUGCGGCGGCUUCGUGCUGGGCCUGGCCAUCAACCACUGCAUGUUCGACGGCGUCAGCGCCAUGCAGUUCGUCAACUCGUGGGGCGAGACGGCGCGCGGCCUCCCCCUGUCGCUCCCGCCGGAGCUCGACCGCGCCGUCCUCCGCGCACGCGACCCGCCGCGGCACGAGUUCCCACACCACGAGUUCGCGCAGAUCACCGACGACGACGGCGACACCCCGCCGCCGCCGCACGGCGGCGAGCCGCUCCUGUACCGGUCGUUCCGGUUCGCGCCGGCGUCGAUCGCGCGCCUGAAGGUGCUGGCGCCGCUGGAGGGCCGCGCGUGCACCACGUUCGAGGCGCUCGCCGGGUUCGUGUGGAGCGCGCGCACGAGGGCGCUGGGGGUGGCGUCCUCGCGGCAGAGCAAGCUGCUGUUCGCCGUGGACGGCCGGCCGAGGUUCUCGCCGCCGCUGCCGGCGGGGUACUUCGGCAACGCCAUCGUGCUCACCAGCGCGGCGUGCGCGGCGGGGGAGCUGGCGGCGCCGGCGGCGUCGUCGAUGCCGCGCGCCGUGCGGCUGGUGCGCGGCGCCGUGGAGGCGGUGACGGACGCGUACAUGCGGUCGGCGGUGGACUACUUCGAGGCGACGCGGGCGCGGCCGUCGCUGGCGUCGACGCUGGUGAUCACGGCGUGGUCGCGGCUGCCGUUCCGCGCGGCUGACUUCGGGUGGGGCCCGCCCGCGGCGUACGGCCCCGCGGCGCUCCCCGAGAAGGAGGUGGCGCUGUUCCUGUCGUGCGGGGAGGAGCGGGGCGGCGUCCGCGUGCUGCUGGGGCUGCCGCCCGCGGCCAUGGCCGAGUUCCAGCGCCUCGUGGAGGAGGUCACCGCGGCCUGAAGGACAGGACCACGAGUCCCGGAAUCCGCAUGGUCAUGGAUGGUUAUGUAGUGUUGUUUGUGUUCGUGGCUUCGUGGCUCGUUGUGUUCUAUUGAUCCAGUGAACUCAUCGUUGUUAAAAGGUUGGAUAAUGCUUGGGCCAAGCGUUUAGCAGGACUUUCGUGCGACUGUGUCAGGAACUACGGGGCUGGCCUCGGCAGGAUUUUCUGUUGAUGAGCAGGGACGGAGGCAGGAUUGCUACAAUAGAAGGCAAUCAAACUAGAUCAUGCAAGCUUUUUAAAUGUGAGGGGCCAAAAAUGCAAUUUAUACAUUUCUAUUGAGGAGAAAGAAGCCAUUCAUAUACGAGAA